AUGCCUGAAAAGUUGCCAUAUAUUUUCUUUACCCAAAAUGGGAAGCAAAUUGGGAAAGCCGUAUUAUUGAAAGAGAAUUUUGACACUUAUGAACCAAAUGUUUGGACUCGAUGUUGUUCUGUAGAAGCAAAUUUUGGGAAUGACUUGGAAGCUAAGCCUUUUUGUUAUGACAUUACGAAACAUUUUGUGAUUAAAGAAUUUUAUGAAGACUCUGAUGUUGAUUGA